AUGGCCGACGACAUCUCACGAAACAACAAUGACCGCAUCGAGGUCGAGGUCGAGAAGGAGAGGAUUGAAAAUCUCGAAAAUAUUUCUGAGCAGCAGAAUGUUCUUCCUCACAUUGACCCGGCUCGCCGAGUCGUUGUUGAGAAGACCCUCAAGCGCAAGCUCGAUGCUCGGUGCAGUCUGUUCGUUCUCAUCUACAUCAUGAACUACCUUGACCGAAACAACAUCUCAGCGGCCCGCUUGAAGGGUCUUCAAGAUGAUCUUAACCUCUCAGAUCCCCAGUACUCGACAUGUUUGAGUAUUUUGUACGUGGGCUACAUUCUGAUGCAGGUGCCCUCCAACAUGUUCAUCAACCGCAUUUCCCGGCCAUCCAUCUACAUUGCCAUCUCAAUGACACUUUGGGGUAUCAUCUCGACUUGCUCUGGCUGGGCUAAGAACUUUGGCCACAUGGUUGCCAUCCGUUUCCUGCUGGGUUUCGUUGAGGCUGCCUUCCUUCCCGGUGCUCUGCUUAUCCUCUCCAAGUGGUAUACCCGCAAGGAGCUGACUACUCGGAAUGCCAUUCUAUUCUGUGGUAACCUCAUCUCAAAUGCCUUCUCCUCGCUUGUUGCCGCGGGUGUCCUUUCCAACAUGGAAGGUGUCCUGGGACAUGCUGCUUGGCGCUGGCUUUUCUGGAUCGAGGGCGCCAUUACCAUGGCUAUCGCGGUCUCUUCUGGCUUUAUCUUGCCUGACCUUCCUACCAAUGCACGUGGCUUUACUGAGGAGGAGCGUCUUGUUGCGCAGCUUCGUAUCCUUGAGGAUGUUGGUGAAGCCGAUACCGACUCUGAGGAGCAAAGUCCCUUCACUGGUCUUGUCAUGGCCCUGAAGGACUGGAAGAUCUAUAUCAUGAUGUUGUCCUUCACUGCCUACGUUGUUGGACUGUCUUUCAACGCUUUCUUCCCUACCCUUACUGGUACUCUUGGCUUCUCGGAAAUCCCCACCCUCCUCCUGAGUGCCCCUCCCUGGGUCUUCUCCUGUAUCUUCUCUGUCAUCAACGCCUGGCACGCCGACAGAACCCAAGAAAAGAUCUGGCAUAUUUAUGGUCCUAUCGUGAUGGGUAUUGUUGGUUUUAUCAUCAGCAUGUCCACUCUGAACUUCCUCAUUCCCUCGUCCCCGGCCAAGCGAGCUGUCGCCCUUGCCCUCAUCAACGCUUUCAGUCAACUCGGUAACGUGGCCGGCUCAUAUGUGUGGGAUCUUUCGGAGAACGGCUACCGCAAGAGUUACGGCAUCGUCACAGCCAUGUUCGGCAUUACAAUUGUUGGCUUCUGGCUAUUCCGCAUGAUUCUUGUCAACCUGAACAAGCAGCUUUCUGAGGCUGAGGUUGCUGAUGAAGACCAGGAUGGCGACUUUAUUGUCAGUGCCAACGAGUCGCUGUGCAUGCGCAAGGGAUUCAGAUAUUUGGUCUAA